AUAAUCCAUAGUUGACCAUCUUUCCCCUCCCCUACAUCGCUGUGUUAAUAUUGACUUCCAUUUAGAAAUUAACCGAUGAUAUUAUCACAAAUGCUUUAGUCAUUGCGAAAUUAAGAGAUUUCAAAAAAGAAACAUGCAAUGCGAACGUUAAUUUCGUAUCGCGAAUUUAAUUAUUUCAAUAAGAUUUUGGGUUUGAGUAUAUUUCCAAGGAUUCCAAGAUGUCGGCAGAUUGAAAUUGUUACGUAGAGACCACUUUGUAAAUUUCGUUUGUCCCAAACAAAACCUUUGUUGCGAGUGUUUAUAACAUCUGUACUGCGCGUCGAGGCUGAUGCCAUAAGUAAACUGACCAUGAACAAUAAUCCAGGUAACAACAAUGGAGGUUUAGGUGGCGCCAGAACUCGCAACAACAAUCCUGGAGGUAGAGGUGGGGAGAAUAAUCCAUUUUUCCACUUCCAGAACCGCCUAUUUCAUGCUUUAUUUUAUCGCAUCUCUAUCACAUAUGCCCGUGCUUUUCCAAGGCCUAUUCGCAGAGUGUUGGAAUUUGCAUUGCUUCUGAAGGCAUUAUUUGUCUUGGGCAUUUUAGUAUACAUCCAUGCAGUAUUUGCAAAAGCCCCCAUGAACUGUUUGGAGCAUGUCCAGGACAUUUGGCCCAGGGAUGGAAUUCUUAGAGUUGAGAUUGUUCGUAAUGCUCCUGAAAACUAUACUAUUAUUCACUCAUACAAAAAAGAAUAUUCUGAUAUCCAGUUAUUUUUACAGUCUUCUUUUGCUGAAGAGCUAGGCUUGGAAGACUCAAAUUCGGAGGGAGAAUAUGAUGAUGAUGUUGAUGAUAAUAGUAAGAAUACUUCAGAUGCAAGAAGUUUUGAGCCAGCAGAGUUGUUGAAUAAUUCAGGAAUUCACAAUACCACAGAAAUCCAUGAAAGUACAGCCAUAACUGAUAAGGACAGUAAUUAUGAAACACUUUACAAAGUGAUAGAUGAAUCUGUUGAUAAUCCUGAAAUCAAAACUGAUGUCAAAGAAUCAAAUGAAGUUAUGAAACAGGAUGUUUUAGAAGCAGAAAAUGGAGAAAAACCCUUAUCUGUUGUUGUUGAUAUAAGUAACAGUGAUGAAACAGAGAGCCAUUCUAGUGAAACUAAUGACCCAACAGAAGAAGUUGUAGUUGAAGAAAUAAAGCCAAUUUCUUGGAGUAGUUUAUUUAGCCUAAAAUUUUGGUCUCUUGAUGAUGAUGAAAUUCCAGGGGAUAGCGAGAACCCAGACCAGCUGAAUAAAACACAAAAAAACCUGAGCAUGGUUAACAUUCUUCCCAUAGAAUUAGAAGCACAGAUAGCUGAGGGCUUGACUGAAUUUGAAAUGCUGGCAAGAGCUGUGUGGCCAGAAGAGAAAUAUAUUGUUGAAUACUCCUUGGAGUAUGGUUUACUGAGGCUUUUGCCAAAGACACGAAAAAAACUGAACAUUACAGUAAUGUUGGUCACUUUAGAUCCUGAAAAGGAGACAUGCUUUGGUGAUGGCUUCAGUCGGUUUUUGCUUGAUGAAUUUCUUGGAUAUGAUGAUAUUCUUAUGUCUAGCAUAAAGAAACUGGCUGAAAAGGAAAAUAACAAAGGCUAUCUCCGGAAUGUUGUAACGGGAGAGCAUUUUCGGUUCAUAAGUAUGUGGAUGGCUCGGACAUCAUAUCUGGCUGCUGCUUUCAUCAUGCUUAUUUUUACUGUAUCAGUUUCAACACUCUUGAGAUACUCACAUCACCAAAUUUUUGUUUUCAUUAUGGAUUUGCUGCAGAUGUUUGAUAUGAACAUAGCCAUAGCAUUUCCUGCAGCCCCACUUUUAACUGUCAUAUUAGCACUUGUUGGCAUGGAAGCCAUUAUGUCUGAGUUUUUCAAUGACACAACCACAGCAUUUUAUAUCAUUCUUAUUGUGUGGAUCGCUGAUCAGUAUGACGCUAUUUGCUGUCACACAAACAUCAGCAAAAGAAUUUGGCUAAGGUUCUUCUAUUUAUACCAUUUUGCCUUUUAUGCUUAUCACUAUCGAUUCAAUGGGCAGUACAGCUCUCUGGCACUCUUUACCUCUUGGCUGUUUAUACAACAUUCGAUGAUUUAUUUCUUCCAUCAUUACGAGUUACCUGCAAUCCUACAGCAAGUUCGCAUUCAAGAACUACUUGCUAAUCCAGCACAACCAGGUACUGAUGGUGAAGACCAACCUCAGCAGAACAACAACCCUGAAGAUGAGGGAACACCAGUGGAUCCUAGGGCAGACACUGAAGUUGGUGAUGCUGCCACUGAUAACUCUACCAGCCUUAACAGUGAGCCAGUGGCUGAAGGAAAUAAUGCUACUGAUAAUCACACUAAUAAUAAUAAUCCUUCGGAGAGAGGACCAUUGCCUAGAGAGGUAUUGCGAUUAGACAACAUUCACUUGAACCCCAGAGAUGGUGCAGCUGGUCUGACGGAUCUGUUUAAUUUCCUCCGACAAUCUCGCUUUCUACAGAACUACCUAAAUCCUGAUACCACUGCCAAUGGUGAAGCCCAGCCUGUGGAAGAAGCUAAUGGCAACAGGCAGCAGGAUGUAAGAAACAACUUUGAGAUUGAGCGAGUGACGGUGUACACACAGAGCAACAUCUACAGGCUCUUUCGUCGUUUUAGAAACAACAGAAUGCACCAGUCAGCUAACCAGGACAUGGCCAGAGACAACCCAACAGCAGCCUCCAUUGACCCAGAUCAUGGCGGCAAUAACUACUCCAGCAUGCCUGGUGGUACUUCUUCAAGUAAUGCUGAUGAUAACAUUGAAAGCGUUCCUCAAACUAACUCCAGCGUAUCAUCAGAAAAUUCACCUGGUGAAAAUAACACAAACACCCAUGGUGAGUCGUUGUCAUCGUUAACAUGUAAACAUGAAGAGAACUGCCAAGCACAGUUCUGUGAAGGUCAAGCUGACCAGCCACCUUUUGUUUUCCCAUCUGCAGUGCCAGACCUUAAUUCUUCAAAUACUUGUUCAAAUGAUUUUCCAGUCUUUCAAAGUGCUGAUUCUCCUCUCAGAUCUUCUAAUUUAGACCUAACAUCACCUUUUGAUGGGAGCAGCCCCCAUCCUGCCAGUUCACAGACUAGCACUAAAAACUCUAAACCAGCUGGUGGAGCUGAUAUUGAACUCUGUGAUGUCGCUGAAGGCAUUACACUCCCCAGUGAGAAGGAGCUGUCAAACCUCCAGCCUCACAAGGAAAUCUCAGACAUGAAAACAAUAGAUUUUCAGUGUGAUACAUCUGCGAGUAGUCCCAGCUCUACUCAGGUGCCUUUGGCUGGUUCAGGCCUCAACCUUGAUAGCUCUUUAACAGACAAAGCUGGGGGACUGAACAAAGUGCAUUGGUCUUUAACUAAAAACUGUAAUCCAGGACUGAUUGUGCCAACUACUAGCAGUACUAGUGGCUGUAGUAGCAGAAAUUCUUGUGAGGAAAAUAUGGGCACAGCUGUGUAGUGUGGAGAAUACUGUGGUAUACAGUGGUAUGUAUUCCAGUGUGGUCAACUACUCUUAAAAUUAUUCGGCGGAAAUAAAUUGUUUUAAAAUAAAGAAUACUUUCUUUCUGUAUAUAUUUACAUACACAUAUAUUUACUUUUUUUGUAUCAUUUAUUUUUAAUUUGGUUUCCCAAUUUAGAAAAAAAUUGUACAUCUAGAUAUUUUUUUUUUCAUUUGACAACUUUGUCUAGCCGCACUAAUUUUGAGCAGUUGAAGUACUUAAGUAACUCAAAACUUAAGUACAUGUACUAUUAAAAAAAAUAAUUAAUUUAACAUUUAUAAGAUUUGGUCACUAAAAUAUAAAAUAUAUUGCUUUAAUCACCAGAUUUUCCUGUUCUUUCUCUUGCAAGGAGAUCUAUUAUUAUUUAAACAGAUACAUCAUACAAUGUUAUUGGCUUUGCUAGAUAUAUUAUAGAUAUCUUUAAUGUUGGAUUUUAAUCCAUUUCCCAUGCUGAUGUAAAUUUGGUGUGUAGAGUUGUGUGGAAAUGGGUUGAACAGAAUGUCUGUUCUAUUCACUCAUUAUUUGUGAUAUAUCCUUAAUCAUGCAGAUUUUAUUUUCAUUGAUAUCUAACAAAAGGAUUAUUGAAUCAAGUAAAAAAACAGGUUAUUGUAAUCUUACAUAAAAUGAGGAAUGUAAAUAGCUGUAAUACCUAUUGCAAUAAAAUGUUUAGAACUUCAUUUCUAAUCAAUAGAUAAACAAUUUGUGCAAUAUUGAUUAGUUUGGAUUGAAUAAUUUUAAUUUUGAAAAUUUACUAUUCACUAGUAUCUAAGAAAGUAAAAGCUAAAGUUAUGAUUGAUUUGAAAGCUACAAUACACAACACUACAUGUAUCUAAGUAAACAUCUUUUUAUUUAAAAAGAAUAUUCUAGUUUUAUAAAUUAUAAUAGCAUAAAAAUGCAAACCAGAACAAAACCAAUUUUCUGCUUUGAAAAUUAUAAGCAUAACACUGUUAAGCUUUCUUCAGAUGUUUUAUUGAAAUUUCUUCACAGAUUUUGUUUCAAAGUAUUUUGCUUUUUGGUUGUAUAAAAGGUUAUAUUAAGAACAAAUGGAAUGGGUUGUCUCCCAUUUUGUAUGUUGUUUAGAUUUGACUUAAAAAUAAACUUAAAAAAUGUAAUGUAUCAUUUUUAACACGUUUGCCAUAGGAUAUUUAUCAAAAACACUGAUCCUUGCAGCUUCUGCUGAAUUUGUUGGCCAGCUUAUAGAUUCAGCUUAUAGCUUUCAAUUUGUUGGCACAGGUAGGUUAUGUAUAUUAACAGACCUUUCUUCCCAUUAUACUAGUAAUUAAAAUGUUUGCUGUAUUCUAGAACCAAUAAAUCAGUGUAUACAAAGUAUGAUUGAACAUAACUGAUUUGUCUUACUUGAAAAAGGGAAAGCUCGUUACUAGUUUGAAAGAUUAUUCAACACGUAGUUAUUUUGUGUUGAGUUUGAAAUUGAACAUUACCCAUUUUUUAAUUGUUGUAUGAAUAAAGAAAAGUGUUAUUCAUAGUAUCUAACAAUGCUUAUCACUUGCAAUCUUUGACACUAAUUUUUAAACAAAAUGUUUCAUUCUGGCUUAAAAUAUUUAUUUUUAUAUGGGUAGUUGUGGAUACAUUAACCUCAUUUAUGUAUGAAUUAACAUCUAGUUUUGGAAUCAUCCAAAAAUGACAUCAGACUAAUAUAACAGUUUUUUUUUGCCCCUGUCCACUCAAUUUUUACACAAAACAGAAACUGCACCCCACCCCUUUUCCUAUUGACAUAUUAAAAAAAAAUUAAAUGUUUUGAUCCUUUUAAUGUUGAAGUGUUUCUUAACCAACAUUUCCCCCUCCUUUCUAGAUCAUUGCCACAAAAGUCAGAAUACUCCCACUAUCCUGUGAUGUCAUUUUUGGGCAACCCCUUUUAAAUGCACUCAUUAAAGUACAAUCAGGAUAUUGAAUAUGGCCAGGUUUAAAUCUGCUUUGGUUGACUAUAUUAAAAUUCUAAAAAAAGAUAUUCCAUAAUAAAAAAAAAGUAACAAAUAGUGUAUUUAAACAGACAAAGAUCCUAUACUUUCUUUAUGUCGGGAAAAUUUUCCAAUAAGGAAUGUUAUUCAUCUUAAAGUUUGUUGUUACCUAAGUUAAUUAAGAAUUUCCAAUGUUGAUGAAGCAGGAUUUUUUCUAAAAAGAAACAUAAGACUUACUAGCAUGAGAAGUGAAGUGGAACUCUUCUGUAAUUGAAUAUUGUUAACAUCAUGAAUUUAUGCUACAAUAGACAUCUAAUAAAUAUUUGGUUUACUCAAAGACUUAAAUUUUCUUUGUGUUAAAUUUUUGCUUUCCCGUUAAUAUUAUAAUAGCUGGUAAACCAAAGUUCAAGUACAAAACUUUGUUGUUUUUUCUCUGAAUAAAUUGUCUGGUUCAUGUAAAAUGGUUAUAAUUGAUCAAAACAUGGAGACUAUGCUUUGAUCUUAAAUCUAAGAAGCAAUAUGCAUUUCAGUUUGUUCAAUUUUUUUUUAAUUUUUCUCUGUGCCUAGGUGACACAUAUUAGUAACAAAAUUUUUGUUAUCAUUAUGCUCAUUCUUUAAUUUUAAGUAUAUUUGAUAUGUAUAUAAUUACAUACAUUUCCCAUAGUGGGACUAGCGAUGUGAAUAAAACAGUUGAUCCAAGUUAAGGAUCAUUUUACUGGAAAGGGUUAAAAGAAAGUAUGCGGAAUUAUUGUUGAAGUUUUUAAAAACAAUUUUUGUUUGUUUGUUAAAACUUUAUCUUUACUUGUUUUAAGUUUAUGUAUUUUCUUUUGUUGAUUGUGAUUCAUAAAUGCAUACUUUGUGCUAAAGGAUUUACUUCCUGUGAUGUGAAUACUAAAUAAAAACUUUCAUAUGUAUAUCAAGUAAUCAUAAAUUAACAGAUGCAUUUCCAUUAAAAAAAAAAUUUAGACAAUG